AUGUUAAUCGAUUCUGCGGCAGGAAAUGAAAUUCUUAGUUUUAUGGACGGUUAUUCUGGAUAUAACCAAAUUUUCAUUGCGAAAGAUGAUGUGGCUAAGACUACUUUCCGUUGUCCUGGUGCGUUAGGCACAUAUGAGUGGGUGGUUAUGCCUUUUGGUUUGAAAAAUACUAGAGCAACAUAUCAAUGGGCAAUGAAUGCCAUUUUUCAUGAGUUUAUUGGGAAAUUUAUGGAGGUGUAUAUCGAUGACAUAAUGGUCGAAUCGAUUUCUGUAAAUCAACAUAUAGAUCAUUUAAAAAAGGCAUUUCUAACUAUGAGAAAGAAAGGAUUAAAAAUGAGUCCUUUGAAAUGUGCUUUUGGAGUAUCGGCUGAAAACUUUUUAGGUUUUGUUGUUCAUAAGAAGAGGAUAGCCAUUGAUAAAAACAAAGCAGAUGCAGUAUUAGCAUUGUCUGCCCCCAAAUCGAAGAAAGAAGUACAAUCAUUUUGGGCAUCUGAAAAUACUAUAUGGUGUAUGUUGGCCCAAGAUGAUGAAAACGGGAAUGAACGGGCUGUUUAUUAUCUUAGUCGAGUCUUAACUGAUAUCGAGACAAGGUAUUCCCCGAUCGAAAAGUUUUGUUUGUCAUUAUAUCAUGCUUGUAUGAAGUUAAAGUGUUAUAUGGUGGCAAAAUCGGUGAAAGAUAUAGCACAGACCAAUGUUGUUAAGUAUAUACUUAGUUUCCCUAUGUUAAGGGGAUGUUUGGAGAAAUGGAUAUUAGCAUUAACAGAAUUUGAUUUGCAGUAUGUCCCAGCAAAGGCUGUUAAGGGACAGGUCAUUGCAGAUUUUCUUGUGGAUAAUUCGAAAGAUCUGAAUGACCAGGGGACAAAUAUAGUUGAUGUAGAGGUCGACUAUUGGAAACUGUAUUUCGAUGGAUCUAAGCAUAAAGAUGGUGUAGGGGUUGGAAUCCUCAUUAUCUCACCAGAGGGUUUCCCGUCAGAAUUCUUGUUUGAAUUAAAGUAUCCUUGCUCUAAUAAUGUUACCGAAUAUGAUGCUUUAAUUUUAGGUCUCAAAAUUUUAAUCGACAAAGGAGCUUUAGAAGUUCGAAUUCUAGGAGAUUCACAGUUGGUUUUAAAGCAGUUGUCAAAGGAGUUUAAAUGUAAUAACGAGACGUUACAAAAAUAUUUAGUAAUUGCUUGGAAAUUGUUAACAUCUUUUCAAAAAGUUUCUUUGGUGCAUAUCCCUAGAAUUCAUAAUGAAAUUGCUAAUGAGUUGGCUCAAAUUGCUUCGAGGUAUCGGAUUGGUCCGGAAACUAUUAGGAAAUUAUCUGGCAUCCAUCAAAUUUUAGUACCAGCAAAUGAAAGAGAAGUGUUGUGUGUGGAUGAAUGGGAGGAUUCUGAUUGGAGAAAACCUAUUGCUCGGUAUUUGAAAGAUCCCAAUGCCGCAGUUGAUAGAAAAAUAAAGUUACGAGCAAUGAAUUUUGUUUUAUUUGCUGAUGAGUUAUACAAAAAGGGGAUUGAUGGAAGUUUGAUGAGAUGUUUGAGUUGA